AUUGUGCUAUGYUUAGGUUGGUUUCCAACGAGUAGUUUGAUUGUUAUUAUAGAUUGUAUCUUGCUAAUAUCAACCUUGAGUUAUGAAGAUCUUCUGCACUUUGUUUGGYUAACAGGCAACAACGUCCCUAAGGGAUAGCUUGAGUGGUUUGAGACUUCAAAGAAUAUCCUUCAAGUCUURGGUUCAAGCCACAAGGAACGCAAUUCUACCAAACAAUGAUCCCUUGCGUAUGUACAGGUGUAAGGACAAUGCGYAUACCCUCAGGUAUAGGAGCAAAAACAGGCAACAACAUGCUUCUAGGAACCCAACCAUGAGCUUUAUAAGUCCAGGAUCGAUGGAAACAAAUAAGCCGUUUUGGUGGAUGAAGAAAAUUUUACCUGUUGCACAUAGGAUUGGUUUUUGUGUGACCUGUCCACAAAGUAGAGUGUGUGGCCUAUGUUACUGAUGGGUGGCUACUAAAGAAAAUGCAACCUCCCUUGGUAACACCAUCAACAACCCAUUUUCUUUAGUGACUCUAUAAAGCUUAAAGCCAUUUGGUUCUAAACAAAAUGGUUUUUCAAACAAAAAUUCCUGUGUUAUGGUCAACAAUUAAACUUAUCUUCUGAGGUGGAGGAGAAAUAGCAAUCAAAUUGGAGGUGAUUUAUGAUGAGGUUGCUUAACAAUUGAAGGUUUUUUUUUUUUUUGUUGGCUAUCUUUUGUAGCAAACUUCCUACUUCUCUGCCCCUACCAGAGAAAUAAACUUUAAUGCCUCUACACUAGAACUGACAAAAUUCUCUWCGAGGUCGAGGAUUUGGAUGGAUGGAUUCCUUAUUCUGACCCUGAUUAUCCAAAUUAGAUAAUGGGGUGCGGACGUGGAUUAAAWAUCCUCAUGGGGUCCACGAUGGGUGGGAAUCCAGCACCCUGCCACUUUGCCAUUUACAUAUACUUUCUCUCUUUUAAUUCCUUAAAACUAAAAAACAAGCGGUGGGGUGAGCUUGAUCAGGAUCGUAAGUUGCACUGGGUUAGUUGGAAGCGCAUGUGUUUGCCUAAAUGUAUGGRAGGCUUGGGGUUUCGUGAUCUGGAAUCGUUCAAUCAGGCUUUGUUAGMUAAAGAAGGGUGGCGGCUUCUCUCUGACCCGUCUUCCCUCCUUGCCCGAGUUCUGAAAUCCAAAUAUUUUAAGACUGGUGAUUUUCUGAGUGCUCGGACAAGAUCCAAUGCUUCUUUCAUAUGGCGGAGUCUCCUUUGGGGUCGAGAUCUUYUUCAUACUGGUCUUCRGUGGCGAGUGGGCAACGGUCAGUGGGAUGUGGAGAAAAUUCGACAGCACUUUCGCGAUGAGGAGGCUUCCUCAAUUCUGAAUAUUCCGCUUGGUGUUAGUCUGCUGGAUAAACUCAUUUGGCAUUAUGACAAAAGGGGACAAUACAAUGUUAAAAGUGGGUACCGUCUUGCACAACGCAGCAUCRUUCAUGGUUUGCCUUCUCCUUCUUCCCUCGAGUCUCYGUUACAGUGGUGGAAGGGGUUUUGGAAACUCCAACUCCCUAGUAAAAUUAAGAUUUUCGGAUGGAGGUUAUGCCUUGACCGUUUACCGACGAGGKAGAACCUCUUAGCCAAAGGAGUUGAUGUGCUGAAUUACUGCAGGUUUUGUGGCCAAAAGGGGGAAGUGCAGCCCAUGUGUUUUGGUUAUGUAAAAAAAUGCGAUCUAUAUGGCAGUGUUCUAAAUUCUCCCAUUUUCUCCAUCUUCUGUGGGUGCCGGUGGGAUCUGAUAUGGGUCAUUUUAUGCGGGUGUGGACGGAUCUGGUUUCUUGGCAGCAUAUUGGAGCUAUUGUGGUGUUGUUGUGGGCUAUUUGGAACGCGCGUAAUCAAACUCCCCAACAUUUCUCAUUAGGUGGCUCUUUGUCGGACUUGGUUUCUUGGUCGGAAAAUUACCUCCAGGUUUAUCAAGCGGCUCAACGGAGUUCUGSGUCUGCUCUAGUGGUUUGUCGUCCUCCUCGGGUGGCUAUCUGGCGUCCUCCUGCAGCGCCUCUCCUUAAGGUGAAUGUGGAUGCGGCUUUCAGAAAGGAAUCUUUUGUAGCAGGGGUGGGUGUAAUUAUUCGGGAUUCGACCGGUCUUGUGUAUCUUACAGCCAUUCGUCUGCUUGCUCGUGCUAGUGAUGUUGAUUGGGUGGAAGGCUUUGCGGUUUAUGAGGGUAUUCUCCUUGCUGUGGAAGCAGGUUUUAUUCGGUUCCAGAUCGAAACAGAUUCACUCCGAAUUUUUAAUUUAUUGACGACAGAUUGUGUGGAUGAUUCUGAAGUUGGGGUUCUCUGCUCUGUCAUCAAGCUUUUUUUGUCUUCCCAUGCUGAGCGGGUUUCUUUUAGUUUUACACAUAGGAAUGGUAACGCCRCAGCCCAUCUAUUAGCUCAACUGGCAUUGACUUCACCACACCUUCAAAUUUGGGUGGAGGAAUGGCCUGAUGAGAUCUCUUCGGUGUUGGCGGUAGAUUGUAGAUCCCGUUCUUAACUUUGUUCGUAU